ACGCCGCCGUUCACAUCCACAUCGUCUGCUGGCGCCUCCCCCUCUGGAGCUCUGCUCCUUGCUUCGCUUGCAUAUCACCUAGCUGCGCGUCUGAGACAUAGGAUCAAUAUGGAUACGGAGAAUUCGGUAGUAAACAAGCCCUCCGCCCUCCCCCGGCUAGGCGCCAGCAAGUUACCCCAGCUAUUUUCAUCCUCGACCACCUCACAACCAGCACUCCACGAGAUCACCGAGUCGCAAUCCAACACCCGCUCGCAAUAUGCCAUGGGACCCCCCAUGAAACGAGGUCCUCACGGGCUCGCCCAACCUGAACCCAAGCGCAAGACCCUCGCCGAUAAAGCCGGCUCGGAGUUCCCAAAUGCCACGUCGCGAUCGGGCCUCGUUGCCCCUACCCCUGUCCGGACUGCCGCCGUCAAGGGCACAUCCAUAAAGGAUAUGCAUUCCGCCCGACCUGGAACACGUUCUGUCGCUUCAUACAACUCGAGCGCAACGCGCAACACAACGAAUAGCAGUUAUGCCACCAGCAUUGGUCCAGGCGGUCGACCUCCCUCCCGAACAACAACACAUUCUCGCUCAGCAAGCGUACGCUCAGCCGCCCCGAAGAAUGGCGCAAGGCCUGUGACGUCUAUGGGAGUCAGGUCACCAGAGCAGACCAAGAAUGUUUGGGAUGUGGAUGAACGCCUAGGUACCUUCGAAACCGAGUUCAAGGCCAUGAAGGAGAUGAUCAGCACUUCCAUCAGCGGCCAAAAGAGUCUGGAAGAGAAUGUUGCUGCUGUGAGCAAAAAAGCCGACGAACUCGAACAAAUCAAAACCGACCUCGAAUCGUCCAAAUCAGAAUUACAGACUAAACUCGACGACGCCGAACAAAGAAUAUACUGUCUUACCAGGGAGCUCGACGACGAAAAGAGAGCCAGGCGCAAUGAUGCUGAGGAUCUAAUGCGCGAACACAGAAACGACAUUGACAAGAGGUCCCGCGACUUCAACAGAGAGAAGGACGAGCUGGAGCGAGCUUUACGGAAAAACAUUGAACGGGUCAAGGAAGAAAUGGCUUCCAACUUCGCAAAGCAACUUGGCGAGGCUCACAUGGCGUUUGAAGAACUCGAAAAACUCCUCGAGGAAGAGAAGCGCAUUGCAGCUGUAAAGAGCGAAGCCAAUGGCAAGGAUAUGGAAGCACAGUUCGUUCAGCUUGAGCAGCUAAGAAGAGAAAGAGACGAAUCAAGACGUGCUGAACAGGACCUGAAAGGUCUCCUGUCAGUCAGGGAAGCUCGCAUUGGCGAUCUCGAGCGCCAAGUCCAGGCCGGGCAGACCGCCCUCAUCCAUCUCAAGGGAGACGAACAGAAACAAGUCGAAAACUUUCGCAUGAUAGCCGAGGAGAAACAACUAGCGGAGGACCAGGCUGCUGAAGCCAUCAGUCAAGCUGAGGAGUUCAAGGCGAAGCUUAGAGUUGAAGAACGAAGGCGGAGGAAGCUCUUUGACCAGCUUCAAACCCUCAAAGGCAACAUUCGGGUCAUGUGUCGUAUUCGUCCUGGACGUAACGAUUCCGGAAAUGCACAAAUUGAAACCGAGAUUGGCGACUAUGAUGAUCACAUCGGCAGGAUGAAGGUCAUGGUACCCAUCAAGAAGUACGACGGCGAGCAGCUUGUAGACAAGAACUUCGAUUUCGAGCGAGUCUUCGUACAACAAGAAGGCAAUAAGAUUGUCUUUGAGGAAAUCAGCCAGCUCAUCCAGAGUGCCCUUGACGGUCAGAAGGUGUGCAUUUUCUGUUAUGGCCAAACAGGUUCUGGAAAGACUUUCACCAUGAGUGCGGAAGGAGACUCUAUUAUUCCAAGUGCCAUGAAAAUGAUCUACGAGCAGGCCGAAGCUCUCAAAGAUGCCGGGUGGACUUACAAGAUGUGGGGAUCCUUCACCGAGGUUUACAACGAGAAGACCUAUGAUCUACUCAGCGGCGAUGGCACCCGUAACGAGGUCCCGCUUCGACAAGAUCCGCUUACCAAAAAGUUCUACGUUGACUCCUCCGCAACCUUGCUGCAGUCACCGGCAGAGGUGGAGAGCAUGCUGGCAACGGCAAACAAGAACCGAACCGUCGCAGCUACACAAAUGAACCGAGCAUCAUCGAGAUCCCACUGCGUAUUUACCCUCAGGCUAGAGGGUAUAGACAUCGAGGGCAAUAGGAGCGAAGGUGUGCUGAAUCUGAUCGAUCUGGCAGGAUCUGAGCGCGUGAAAGAGUCGCAAGUCGAAGGACAAAACUUCAGGGAGGCCGCCAGUAUCAACACAUCACUGUCUACCCUGAGUAAAGUCAUGACCGCCCUGGCUGAGAAUGCCAGCCAUAUCCCCUAUCGAGACUCAGCCCUGACCAAGCUCUUGGAGGGUUGUCUAGGUGGCAAUGCCAAGACGCUCAUGUUUGUCAUGAUCAGUCCUUUGGCCACAGACAUAAAAGAGACUGUCAGUAGCUUGGACUUUGCUACUACGGUCUCGAAAGCCAAGCCUGGGCAACAAGGGGGUGCCCUCAAGACCAUCAAGACCGGCCGAUCCGGUCUACCGAAGCUUCGAUAGAAUACUGAUGGCAAUGAGUGUCGAAUGUGUCCGAGUUGA